CGAGCGAGCGCGCCGGCGUUGAGCGGCGACCGUAAAGGGGGAGCCUCGGAGGGGUCCGAGUCGGCCGAGCCCGAAGAUGCCGGAGUUCCUGGAGGACCCUUCGGUCCUGACCAAAGACAAGUUGAAGAGCGAGUUGCUCGCCAACAACGUGACGCUCCCGGCCGGCGAGCAGCGCAAGGACGUGUACGUGCAGCUCUACCUGCAGCACCUCACGGCGCGCAACCGGCCGCCGCCGCCGCCGCCGCCGUCGUCGUCCUCGCUCGCCGCGGGCGCCAACAGCAAGGGGCCGCCCGACUUCUCCAGCGACGAGGAGCGCGAGCCCACCCCGGUGCUCGGCUCCGGGGCCUCCUCGGGCCGCGGCCGAGCCGCCGUCGGCAGGAAAGCAACAAAGAAAACUGAUAAGCCCAGACUAGAAGAUAAAGAUGACCUAGAUGUGACAGAGCUCUCUAAUGAAGAACUUCUGGAUCAGCUUGUGAGAUACGGGGUGAAUCCUGGUCCCAUUGUGGGAACAACCAGGAAGCUGUAUGAGAAGAAGCUGUUGAAGCUGAGGGAACAGGGAACAGAAUCACGGUCAUCUACGCCUCUACCAGCAGUCUCUUCUUCAGCAGAGAACACAAGACAGAAUGGAAGUAACGACUCCGACAGAUACAGUGACAACGACGAAGACUCUAAAAUAGAGCUCAAGCUUGAGAAGAGAGAGCCACUAAAGGGCAGAGCAAAGACUCCCGUAACACUCAAGCAAAGAAGAAUUGAGCAUAAUCAGAGCUAUUCUCAAGCUGGAGUGACUGAGACUGAGUGGACAAGCGGAUCGUCAAAAGGCGGAGCUCUGCAGGCGUUAACUAGGGAGCCCACAAGAGGGCCGAGGAGAACUCCAAGGAAAAGGGUGGAAGCUUCACAGCAUUUUCGUAUAGAUGGUGCAGUAAUUUCAGAGAGUACUCCCAUAGCUGAAACUAUAAAGGCUUCAAGCAACGAAUCCUUAGUUGUCAAUAGGUUGACUGGAAAUUUCAAGCAUGCAUCUUCUAUUCUGCCAAUCCCUGAAUUCUCAGACAUACCCAGAAGAACACCAAAGAAACCAUUGACGAGAGCUGAAGUGGGAGAGAAAACAGAGGAAAGACGAGUGGAAAGGGAUAUUCUCAAGGAAAUGUUCCCCUAUGAAGCAUCUACUCCAACAGGAAUCAGCGCUAGCUGCCGCAGACCAAUCAAAGGGGCAGCAGGCCGGCCGCUAGAGCUCAGUGACUUCCGGAUGGAAGAGUCGUCGUUCACAUCGAAGUAUGUCCCCAAGUAUGCUCCCUUGGCAGAUGUCAAGUCGGAAAAGACGAAGAAGGGACGCUCCAUUCCCAUGUGGAUAAAAAUGUUGCUGUUUGUUGUUGUAGCAGUUUUUUUGUUUUUGGUCUAUCAAGCUAUGGAAACCAACCAAGGAAAUCCCUUCUCUAAUUUUCUUCACGAUGCUAAAAUAUCCAACUGAAGAAGGCACUUCGGCACACUCACCUUGAUCUCCUGUUUUUAAUAACUAGAAAAACAUUUGUGUCCAUUGUUGACUGAAGAACUACAUUGUGAUUUCACCUCAGUAAAGUUAGUGUGCAUUGAAAACAAGACGCAUACAUGGACCUCAUUUCAAUAUUUUGGACUUUGGAGAUCACACUGUGCCAUAUGAAUAAUUUUUUUAGCUCUGGAACUUUUUUGUAGGCUUUAUUUUUUUAAUGUGGACAUCUUAUUUCACUUUUGGGGAAAAUGCAUUGUUUUGUGUAUUUGAAAAAAAAAGGCAAAACAUGGUGAUGUAAUGUGAAGCUACACAUUAAAUACUUGGAAUUCUUACAGAAAAGAUUUAUGACUUAUUCUCUACUGAGUAAAAAUGUUACAAAUGUGAAUGAAGUUCAGUAAGAGAGGGUCAGGCAUUUGUGCUUCCUGUAAUGCCGUGGUAUGUUGUUCAUGGAAGGUACACCAGUAAGCUCUUCUGGAACCUCUGCUAUGAUGGUAUUGCUGGUGCAGCCUAUCAUGCUACUUCCGGAAAUACUUCUCAUAUCAUAUCAUGAAAGUCCUACUUCAUUAAAACCAUUUCAGUACACUUGGUUUUCCACAGGGAUCUCUUAGGGCAACACAGAUACCUGUUUCAGGCUACUGUUAGCCAGCUGGGAGACGUCAUUGGAAUCUUGUACUUUUUAUUUACAGCAAAGCAUUGAUCUUGUCAAUCCAGCUUAUUAUCAUAAUAUUCUUUAGGUAAAUAAGUGUGCAGGGGUGUUUGUUUAGACAUUAGAAACUAAACACUGGUCCUGUUUCAUUUGGAUUCAUUGUUUCAAUGUCUUCUAUUACCAAAAAAAUUUUUUUUUUUGCCAGGGAGUUUUUGUUUUGGGUUGAGGAAGGGUGUUUAUGGGGUUUUUGUUUGUCUUAACCGUAUAAUUCCUGAUGUAAUUUGAUUUAAAAGUAUAACAUUUGCUUUUAAAUCACAUACGCAGUAGCGAAUGCUUAAUUUGUAAUUUCAAAUAAGGUGGGCAUUAUGAUUUUAUGUACUCUUGAAAUGAUUAACAAUAUCCUUAUGGUUGUCUUAUUUUUUAGCUGAAAUUUACCUCAUGUAUGGCUUAGAUAAAGUUGCAGUAGAUUUAAAUUUUAGUAGAAUCAAGUAAAACAUAAAAAUUUUAAACUUAGUCUUUUAAGUUGCAAUUUUACAGUCAUUGACCGUAAAGCACACUAAAAAUGUAAAUUAUUUUUAAUAACAUCCAAAAUGUAAAGAUAAUUUUAAUUUUUAAAAAGGAAGAAGCUGAAAAAGAGUAUUUAGACCAGCACACAAUUUUCUAUUAUUGUAUUUAGCUUUUAGAUAUUUCGUAGACAUUUUAAGCAAACUUUUGCCGUUAAGACCAGAACAUAUAGGUCUGGUCUUUCAGGGCAUGUGAGAAACUGACUUGGAUCUGAAGUGCUUGCCUCUCUGAGUAAAAGUGUCUCUUUUGAGAUGAGCCACAGGGGGGCCAUGUUUUACUCAGUUUUUCCACUCUUAACAUAAUAGCCAUUUGUUUUCAGACAUUGCUUCUCAUGUUGCUUUCAGUCUUUUGUUUAUAAUUAAAAAUUAUGAGAGGCCCCAUUUAAUGUUUAAAAAUGUGGGGAGAUAAAUCAGACUUAACAUAUGUAAUGUCAGUCAAAUAGGAAAAGUGUGGUCCAAUAUAGCAAAAGUAGGACCCAGUAAAACAUGCCCCCCCCUUUUUUUUUUAAAUGUGUACUUGGUCUUUUGUCUGUGUCUGUUUUAUUCCACUAGAGUCAAUGUGUCCUUGAUGUAAAUGCAAAGCAUUUAUUAACUCCUAGCUGUAGACUUUACAAUAUAAUUCAAUAAUAAAGUAAUUAACCUCUAGUUUUGUUGUUGUAAUAAAUGAUUUUCAGAUAGCUUAAAUUUUAAGAUUUCUGUAUAUAUAGCAUCUCUCCUGUGGUAUUUAUAGAUUACGCUUUAGUUCUCAUUUGAAUCUCUCCCUGCUUUCUAUUUACUGUAGUAGUUGGGUCUUUAUUUGUUCCAAGGUGUAAGCGCUGUGUAGUCAUUAGAGAAUGGCAUUUGGAAUCUCCCAAAGCUCCUCUUUCUGUAAUGCAGUGACUUCUCCAGUCUGUCCUUCCCGGCCAUGCCUCCAUGUUUACUGUCUCCACCACCUCUUUUUUGAGACAGGAACUUACUAUGUAGCCCUGGCUGGCUUCAAACUCACAGACCUGCCUCCUAAGCGCCCAUUAAAGGAAUGCACAUUCACACCUG